AUGAAGGCAAAGCUGUGCUGUGCCGGGCUGGGCUGUGCUGCAAGGCAGGACAUGUGUGGGUGGAGACCAACAAGGGACCAAAUAUACAGGAGAUACAGCAUGAUUUUCUUGUUCUCAGACGGCCGAUUGGCGCUUUCUCUACCGUUUUGGUAGUAGAGAUAGUCUUCCCUUCAGAGCUGGCCCUCCCUUUCCGCGUCUGUCGGCCUCAGAACGUGCUCGUGGCUGUUGCUGUGGUGCUGCCAA